CUAUCAGUGCGCAUCAGUGCCGCCUGUAAGUGCCGCCUAUCAGUGCCAUCAGUGCCUCCUCAUCAGUGCCCAUCAGUGCCAUCUAUCAGUGUCCAUCAGUGCAGCCUAUCAGUUCCCAUCACUGCAGCCUCAUUAGUGCACAUCAGUGAAGGAGAAAAAUCACUUAUUUACAAAAUUUUAUAACAAAAACGAAGAAAUUUUUUUGUUUGGUUUGUUUAAGAAAAAAUAA